GGUCGAAAUGCAAACGAAAUGAAAUGUGUUCGGAAUGCACAUCAAAUUUACACGAAAUGCACGCCCAUGAAAUGAAUGAAUGCUUUUUGUUUGCUUGUUUAGUCGAGCCAGGAGUGUUGAUUUUUUCUCAUCCAGAUCGACUUAAAGUUGCGUCAGAUUUUUGGAAAGGGAGGGUUUUUAAUAAUUUUUGCCCGUUGAUUGAGUUCGUGAGAUUCUAACGAGAAAAUUGAGCCCCGUUUUGGCUCCUUUUGGUCAAGAUUUUCUGGAAGGUUAACACUGAUGUCUUUUGCAGCUGAAACAGUGCAAUCUUGAUGAAAACAGGUAUGUCUGAUUUCUUCAGUGUUUGUGCUAGGAUUGUGGAGUUCUGUGGCGUUUUUCUGAACUAGAAAAGGGCUAAUUGGGGUUUGUGAGGAAUUUUGAAGUACCAUUGUUAAAAAGCAAGGGUUUUAGGGGGUUAUUAAAGCAUUUGAGUAAUAUAUGAAGGGAAGUCUGAGGGAUUUUGAGGUACCAUUGUCAAAAAUAAAGGUUCUAAGUUAGGGUUUGAGUGUUUAUUGGUGUUGCAUGAAGAUAUCGUGGUGAUUGUAGGGGCAUUUGAAGUUGGAAUGAUGAAAAGCUAUUUCAGGGAUUAUUGGGGUUUCUGAGUGUGUGAAUAUAAGAUGUAACACCUGGGUACUUAAAAGGGGUCUGUAAAUGGCAUUUUGAAGUGCAUUUGAUGAAUUGAGUUACCAAACAGGCGUUUUAACGAAUCAGUGAAAAUAAGCUGUUGAAAUCCAGGUGCCAAGCUUUUUUUUUAAUAGUUAUUUAGAGAAUGCAAUGGCCUGAUAAGUUGGUAUUCUGAUUGCAAGCACAGUGUUUUCAUUUAAUUAUUUAUUUAUUUGCUGUGAAAUUGGCAAAAUAAUUGUGGAAAGCUUAGAACUUUGGUCUAGUAAAUGGAGGCAAUGGAUGAUAGUUGUAAUGAUCAUAUCCAGAGGCUUCAGUCGUCUUCUGGGACUUCAUCCUCUUCCAUUCCUAGGGAUAAAUCUGAAAUUUCAGGACCGAAUAACAAUCACAUUCGGGCUCCUUUUCACACAAGUUCACAGAGUUUAACCCCUGGAAGCAAACGGCAAGGAAUCCCUCCCUCCCAUCCACAUUUUCCACCGACAUCACCUUAUGUGCAGCCAAAUUUCAUGCAAAUUCCAUCAUGGUCAUUGACACAACAGAAUUCUCAGAACCAGCAACAUUUCAGUCCUAAUCCUGCUCCUUCACAUUCCAGAUCAUUAUCUCAACCUGCAUUUUUUUCUUUGGAUUCCCUGCCUCCAUUAAGUCCCUCUCCAUAUAGAGAAUCUUCCACUCCAACUUUAUCAGACCCCUUGUCGGGUGAUACUUCCAUGGAAGAACAAGAAGGCAGCACACCAAUUCCAUCAAAUUCCUCUCUUAAUCCUCCACCUCUGUCACCAUUUACCCGAAGAACUCCAAAUCAAAUGAGUGACAGCCUCCCCCCACGAAAGGGACAUAGGCGUGUCUGCAGUGAUAUUCCCUUUGCAUUUUCUAGUGGAUCCCAGUCUCCAUCUGGGGAUCUUCAGCAGGGAUUUGUGAAUUCAUUCGAAAGAGCCAGUUUGAAAGGAAAUGCUGAAGUGGAUCGGGACAAAAGUAGGAUCCAAAUGGCACAAGCCAAGAUUGAUUGGAACAGAAAUAGGAACCAAAACAUGGAAGGCAUGGGUGAAAAAGAAACAGAAGGUGGAAAUGAUAUAUAUUCCUCAUACCUUGAUGUUGAGAAAGUGAAUAACUUGAGUAGGUCAAGAGCUCCAGAUAAACAGGUGCCGGAUAACUCAGAUGAUGUUCAGGAAGAUAGUGGUGGAAGUAGUGUUAAAGAGAAGAGCUUGAAGACCGGGGACCAGAUUAGCAGUGGAGAUGAAUCUGAGAGUGAGGUCAAUGAGAUUGACAGCAUGAACAGAAAUAAUGUCACCAUUGGAUAUGAGAAGAAAGAUGGAAAUAAAAGAAGUGCAGGGCAAGGCGACAACAUUCAGUAUCUUAACAGGUCACGUCAUUCUAGGAGUGUUUCUAUGGAUAGUGUUAUGAGCAAGAUGCCUAGCUUUGGAGAAGACAUAAAACAGGGACCCUCUCCCCAAGGCCAGAAUGCCAGACAUUCCCACAGUAAUUCAAUGGAUGGAAGUAUGAAUUUCAAUCUUGAUUUUGGAAAUGGGGAAUUCAGCGGAGCUGAGAUUAAGAAGAUCAUGGCGAAUGAGAAACUAGCAGAGAUUGCAAUGGCAGACCCUAAGCGUGCUAAAAGGAUAUUGGCAAAUCGUCAGUCUGCUGCACGCUCCAAGGAAAGAAAGAUGCGGUACAUUUCAGAGCUAGAACGUAAAGUGCAGACCUUGCAAACUGAGGCAACCACAUUGUCUGCUCAGCUAACCCUCUUGCAGAGAGAUUCAGUAGGGCUUACUAGUCAAAACAAUGAACUCAAGUUUCGCCUACAGGCAAUGGAGCAGCAAGCACAACUUCGAGAUGCAUUGAACGAUGCACUUGGGGAAGAGGUUCAACGGCUGAAGUUAGCUACUGGACAGCUAGGUAAUGGUCAUUCUACCAGUCUAAAUCAGCAAAUGUCAAUGAAUUCACCAUUUUUUCAGCUCCAGCAGCAGGGGCCACAUCUUUCUCUAUAUCAAUUGCAGCAACAGCAACAGCAACAGCAACAACAGCAACAGCAACAGCAACAGCAACAGCAACAGCAACAGCAACAGCAGCAGCAGCAGCAGCAACAGCAACAGCAACAACAGCAGCAGCAGCAGCAACAACAGGUCAAAACACCACAACAGUCUCCAGGGAAGCAAAGUAACCAGAAUGAAGCCCUCCAAGACACAUUUACCACUUAUCCUGGUCUUGCAGGUUCCUCUAGUGACCUAGAUUCAUCAAAUAUGAAUUGUUAGUCAAGAGAGUUGUGGUAACUUUGAAGUAUUGGACAUAUUUAUAUUAUUAAAUUAUCAGUUUCCUUCUUUGCCACAUUUUUCAUUUGAAGGGAUGUGGCAAAUCAAUGGAAGGAUUGUGCAUACAUAAAUUUUUUACUACACAUUGAACGGAACUAGUGAUGGCUGAUUGCCAGGGAAAUUGGUCUCCUUAACUUGAUUUUGUCUUAUAUAUUUCUUAUUUUUAA